AUGUCUGCAACCGAUCCUCCGAAGACGCCUGGCGGGCCUCCAAAGAGAGGCGGAGGCCUCAGUGCCCUGCUGGCCAAGUUCGAGCAAGGAGGUGGAGGCGGCGGAGGCUCGCCGAGUGCGGGCUCGAGCUCUGCCUCCGCGACCCCUGAGCCAGCGUUCAAGCCGAAACCCAUUGGAAGGGUCAAAACAAACUUUGUCGCCGUAACAGAUCAGAGCGGAGUAGUUGGCCUUCGAAAGACCGAGAACGGAGAGGCAUCGCCCAUCAAGGGACCCGGUACACCUACCAGGUUUGCCUUUGGUGGACCGUUAGCAGACGGUACACCUAAAAAGGCCGAGUUCCCCAAGACCGAGACUCCCAAGGUAGCGGAGUUUCCAAAGGUGGAGAAGCCUGCUGAAGUUAACGGAAAGGACAAGGUAGAGAAGGAAGAAGCCAAACCCGAAGAGCCGGCAAAGGAAGAAUCCAAGCCAGCUGUCGAAGAAAAGGCUGAAGAAAAGGCCGAAGAAAAGAUUGAAGAAAAGGCUGAAGAGAAAGUAGAGGAUAAGGUAGAAGAAGUUGUGGUAGACCUUAAGAAAGAAGAGCCGGCCCCCGAGAGCUUGCCUGAGGUUACGAAGGAGCCAGAACCACCCGUCGCUGAGGUCGCUUUGGAACAGAAGGAUGUUGUUCCUGAUGUCGAAGACUUGGCUAAAGAAGAGCCUGCACCAGAGGCUUCGGCCAAAGAAAACCCUAUCGAUGAACCAGUAUCAGCGCCCGCUCCCGUUGAAGAACCCACGCCCGCUCCAGAGACAGUGGAAUUAGCCGGGAAAGAUGAGGCUCCAGUUGCCCCAGAGGCUCAACCCGAGCCACAGGCCGAGGAGCCCAAAGAACCUGUUGUAGAACCAGAGACUAUUCCAGAGGAGGCAAAGCAGGAGAUUGUAGAGGAAUUGGCUGUUGAAGAGCCAGCUGUUGAAGAGCCAGCCGUCGAGGAACCGGCUGUUGAGAAAUCGGUUGUCGAGGAACCGGUUGUAGAGGAACCAGCUGUUGAAGAACCCGCCGCUGAGGUGCCAGUAGUCGAAAAGGCCCCGGAACCAGUCUCAACAGAGGAAGCUGCAGCCGUCACUGAAGAGCCCGCCUUAGAGGCUCCUAAGGAGCCGUCUCACGAACCAGAGCCUGAAGUUGUUGAACAAGUCAUUGAGGCGCCAGCUGAGCCUUCUAUCCCGGUCAACGUUGUGCCACCGACACCGGUUAAUGCACACGCUGCCACCAAAAAGCCAUCCCAUAUUGCAAGGCCAUCCGGUUCCUCUAGGGUACCUGUCCACGGCACUAAACCCGCCGAUAGAAAACCAGUCCACAAGCCAGCGGAAACAAAGCCAGUUACCAGGGUCCCUAUUACAAAGGCUCCCAUCGCUCCCAAGACGACUACUACUGCGACUUCCAGCGUUCCGAAACCAAAGUCAACUACCUCAAGCGCACCGAAACCUACGACUACAAGGGGACAUACUAAGCAACCCAGUCUAUCCUCUCCUGCCAAGGUUACAAGGCCGAGAUCUCCAGCUCCAGGGGCAACGAAGACACAUUCUGAGAGCACACCAAAACCAUCGACUGAAGAUGCCACGGCAACCGAUGCUCGCCCUUCUACAGAAGGCGAAUCCUCUACAGCCAUACCAAAGCCGAGGUCAAAUCGACUCUCCCUUGGUGUUACGAAGACUGCCACCAAGCCUUCUAGUAUUCCUAUUCACGGCCGCCCUUCUCUUCAUGGAACUUCUUCAUUAUCUUCUACUUCUUCGUCUACUUCAAAGCUCGCUGCACCAACAAAUAAAUCUACAAGCCGUGCUAAAACACCCAGCCGGCUAACAGCGCAAGCUACUAAUCGUCCAAAUUCACGAAUUGCGCAUACCAAAUCCCCAUCCGUCUCCCCAACCCGUGCAGAACACCGAGUUCGGACACAAUCCCGGGCCUCUAUGGCUUCGGAGUCGACCAUCCGUCCCAAGUCGACACAUAUUGAUCCAGGUUUCCUAGCUCGCCUUUCGAGACCUACAGCGAGCAGUGCCUCGAAAGUCGUCGAGAAGAGAUUAGUGUCGCCACCAGCGCCGGGGUCCUCUCCAAAGAGAGUUGGUGGAUCCCAGAAAUCGUCGAGAAAAACAGAUGAUGACCAAGCCAGCAAUGCUAGCGUGGACAAUGAUCACCCACCGACCUUCGAGGAUAAUGGACCAAACGAUGAGUAUCAUGAAACUGCGCCAGAUUUGAGUGACCACAGGACGGCUCUCCAGUCGUAG